AAAAAUAUUAAUUAUUGUAAUAAAGUGUCUCAAACGAAAGCAACGGUCACGUGUGUGACGGUAAACCCCUCCCCCGAUACGUCACUAGAAACCUACGUUCCUGGGUUUCAAAACUUUCCUGUACUCCAUGUUCCCGGAAGUCCGGUUUUCGCGAUGGAAGAUCCACACCUGAUGAAUAGCGAUGAAUAUCUUUUACUUCAAACAUACUGCCAGAGGAGGGAAAACACUGUCGUUCUAAAACUAUGUGGAGCAACAGGUGACAAGUUUAGUGUUGUGGCUGAAAAACUGACCAGGAUUGCCUGUGAACUACCUCUUGAUGAUGAUGAAAACAUCGAGAGUGAUAAUACUAGCCACGAACCAAGUGAUGAUCCAGUUAUAAACAAGCUUGUUGAAUUACUGAAGAAAACAGGGGAUGACCUAGACCAGAAGAUUAAGGAGGACCAUGCGUUUUUUGCAGAUCUGCAGAAAGCUUUCUCUUAUAGAUUUUUUGGCAAAUUAACCAAAGCCUUCAUCAGUAGUGUAGUACCAGGAGAUCAGGAGAGCUGGAAACGUGAGCAAAUCGCUUUGACCUUUGAGGUCACCAGCAGACUUAGAGCCAUGGACCUUCAACCCAUGAACAGAAUCAUGGGAUACGGAGCGCAGUACCUGCAAGAACAUUUCGCUCCAUGGAUUAAGCAGAAGGGCGGUUGGGGCCGGGCCUUUGGUGGUGGUGGUGAUGAUGAUGAUGAUGAUGAUGAAGAGGUCCACUGACAAGAUUUUUUCUGUUAUGAUUUUUUACAGAGCUUAUUUAAAUGUGUAUAUUCACAAUAUUGAACAUAUUUGUUUGUAUACAUUUACUAAAAUAAAGUAAAAAAAAGACA